AGGCACAACUGUAAUUAAAAAAAGAUAAUAGUAAUAAUAAUUUAAAAAAAAGAAAGAGAACGAAAGUACGUCUGUGAAUUGCAUGGUUGUCUGUGGUUAUCCCACAAUUCACCUGGGCUGCAGAAGGCGCCUUUCAUGCUACUGAAGAGGGAGAGCGGAGCUUCAUGUAGCUGUUGUAGCACUGAAUCCCCGCUAACUUACACAACCCUGUGUGUGUAAAAGUGUUAGAGAGUGUGUGGAAGAGUGUGUGUGUGAGAGUGUGUGAAAGAGUGUGUAAGAGGCUCGGGGUUUAUCAGCAGCAUGGCUCCAUUCAGCAUAAUGACAGUUGGUGCAAAUCUUCUGACCAGAUCUUGGAGUCUGUUUUCAACUGCACUUACUGUGAGGUGCUCAUGUGUUGCUCCAACAUUAAAAAACUUCAGCACGACAUCUGGUGGUCCUCCAAAAAGGCCCCUGACUGCGUAUCUGCGAUACGUGAUUGAGCAGCAGCCCAUCGUGGUCAAACAGAAUCCAGAAAUCAGAGUUGUGGACGUUGUCCGAAAGAUUGCGCUGCAGUGGAGGACCCUCACACCAGAGGAGAAACGGCCUUUCGAAGAAGCCUCCAUAACAGCCAGGGAGCAGUACAAAGUCGACAUGAAGGCAUACCAGGAGCAGCUGACGCCCGCCCAGAGCGCAGCACUCGCAGAAGAGAAAAGACAAAAGAUGGCGAAAAGAAGAGCGAUCAGGAAGAAGAGGGAACUGAACAGUCUCGGGAAGCCCAAACGGCCCAGGUCAGCUUUCAACAUUUUCAUGGCGGAGCAUUUUGAAGAAGCUAAAGGAACCACUGUACCGGGCAAAAUGAAGUCCCUGUUUGACGACUGGAAGAGUCUGUCCCUGUCGCAGAAACAAAUAUACAUGCAGCUCGCAGAGGAUGACAAAGUACGCUAUAAAAACGAGAUGAAAGCCUGGGAGGAGCACAUGACCGAACUCGGGAGGGAGGAUCUCGUCCGACGGAAGGAGUCAAGACGUAAGAAGGCGGCGACUAAAAAAGGGAAAAAGAAAUCUAGAGUGAAGGUUUUGAAGGCCAAAGCGCCUGCUAAAGGAGCGGCAGGGAAAAAGUCUUCUGAUGCUGAAACCAAAAAAACACCCAGUAGCACCAAGAAAUGAGUGGUACACAGUGUAUUGGGAGAAAACUGUACACGCCGUCCUCAAUAGCGCUUUAGGAGGGGCGUACGUUUCCCCCAUUAGCAUUGGGAACUGUGAAAAAGCCCACUGUAGGCCAGUUUUGGUGGGAAAGACUACGCAGCCGUUACCAAGGGGCGUAUGUGUGGGCAAGGCUGAGUUUAUCUGACUACUGCAUUCGCUUUUGGUUUAUUAUGAAGUCAUAUAAUAGUAUUAUCACUGCUUACUUGAUUAUUUUUGUUUGUUUGUUUUUGCUUUGUAGAAAGCAUUAUACUUAAUCCUGGCAGCCAUGUUUUGUAUACGAUCUUUACUCAAUAAAUACCUGCAUUUUCUAAAAAGAAAGAAAAAAAGAUAUGAUUUUGACUGAUUUAAUUGUUAGUAUAACAACAUAUAUGCUUAUAUAAUUAAAUAUAUAGUACAAUAGCUUACACACAGUACAUAACUAUGUCAUUUAUGUGAAUACUCGCCAAAAUGGAUAUUUUUCUACAUUAUUUUGUGUGUAGGAUUCAAGAAUUUUGUGGAUGUAGAGGGUGUGGCCUCAGUGGAUUGAAUCUGGUUGCUUAAUCCAAGAUUAUCUGGCAAGAUUUUUUUUUCUCAACUAUAUUUAAGUUCCCUGUUAUUGUAUUUUGUGAAUUUCCAGUUUAUUCCUAUUAAUUCCCAUUGAAAUUUUCCUGUCUUGAAUUGUUCUGGUAUUUUGCAACCCUAACAGUGUAUUAUUGUCUUAUAACACCACACAUAAAACGUGUCCUCCCCUUACUUAAUGCAGGCAAGAGCGACCAGUUUUGAUAAACCAGGUAAAGUUUAUACAAGGCAACAAAACUGCCAUAUAAGGCAUAGUCGAGUUCUCCUUAUUAUUUACCAUCAUGAUUGUAAAACCCAUAUCCAAUAAAUGUUUCUGUCUUUGUUCAACUGA